GAAUUCAACGGAGAAAAUAUGUCGGUACAGCAGUGGUUUAUUAACUUCGAGCUAAACGCUGAAGCAUACGGACUAAAUGACAAACAAAAAUACGUGCAAGCCCGAGCAAAAAUUACAGGAGUUCGAGUGUGAGCGUUUAUGCAGUGCGCAAAUUCACAAUAAAUUGUCUAUGCGAGUGAAGAUUGCCGGCGAAAGUUUUCACGAAUAUAUACUACAGAUGAAACGCAUUGCUGCACGUGGGACAGACACGGAGUCGGUGAUUCGAUACAUUGUCGACGGACUGAAUUUAAAAACGGAUUAUAAGUACCCUUGUAUGGAUGCAGCUCAUACAAGCAGCUGCGAGAUAAGUACGAAAUCUACGAAAGAACGCUCGCGGUUGAUGGGGGUUUCGCCCCGAAACAAAAAGACUCACAGCCGUUCGGAAAGAAGUCCAAUUUCACCAAAUAUGAAAGGAAGCAGCACUGCUACAAUUGUGGAUCCCAGGAGCAUCUACGCAUGGAUUGCCGAGCUGCAUUAAAGUGUUUCCGCUGCAAUCAAACUGGAUACAUUUCUAAGGAUUGCCCGAGUGCCGCUGCCGUAAACGUUGCAUACGAGGACAAACGCCUGAAGUCUCUCAAAAUUAACGACGUGCAAGUCAAGGGGCUCCCUAUUAAAUAUGUCUGUGCUCGGGAAACUGAGUGGUGUCCAUCUGCAAGCCAGUUUAUCAACUUUGAGGGGACUUGGAAACAACAUCACACGCUCCGCUGGGCAGUUUACGGCAGAAGUGGAGAUCGACGGAAUGCGUCUGGCACAAAAAUUCCUUGUGGUGGCCAAUCAUGCCGUCGAAUGCGAAUUGUUGCUUGGACACGUCUUUAUAUCCAAGUUCACAAUGACAACAACGCCAGGAGGAUAUAAGUUUUCUCCCCUGCCGGGGCAGGAAACUGAGGACUCCAAACAGAUAAGUAUUUACAACGUGAUGGAAGCAAAUACUGACAUAAACAUUCCAUCGCAGUUCAGAGAAGCCGUCCAAUCAAUGAUUCAGGACUUUACUGAAAAGAAGCAGACUGCAGUGUGCCCGAUCAUGCUGAAGAUCGUACCGGACGAGAAAAUAGCGCCGUUUCGACAUUCGCCAAGUCGAGUGGCCAUCAGCGAAGCAGACGUUGCCAAGCAGCAGAUCGAUAAAUGGGCCAACGCUGGGAUAAUACGACGCUCAUCAUCAAAUUUCGCCAGUUGGACUGUAAUUGUCAAGAAAAAGGAUGGGAGCAGCCGGGUCUGCGCGGAUUAUCGUCAGUUGAACAAUGGUCUUGAAAGAUUGAUUUCCCGUUCCAUUCGUUGAAGAGGUGCUGGAAAAACUGGCAAAUGUUAAGGUGUUCACCAUUAUGGACUUAGAAAAUGGGUUUUUCCACGUUCCUGUAGAAGCAAAAAAUAUACGGUGUUCAUAACGAAGGAAGGCCUCUUUGAGUUCAACCGUGCGCCUUUCGGUUUUUGCAAUUCGCCAGCAGUUUUCAUCCGUUUUACAAGUUUUGUAUUUCAAAACCUUAUAAAUGAAAACAUUCUUGACCUGUACAUGGACGAUAUCGUUAUACACGCUGAAAACGCCGACGAAUGCCUGGGAAGGAGGAGGUGAAAUCAAGCCUGGAUUGGAGAAAACCAAAGCCGUCAGCAAGUUCCCGAUGCCGAAAAACAUAUAGGCUGUGCAGUCGUUUUUAGGAUUAACUGGGUUUUUCCGUAAAUGUAUAAGAAACUAUUCGCUAAUCGCCAAACCACUGACCAAUCUGCUGCGAAAAGAUGUCCCAUUUAAAAUGAGUCUGGAGGAGCAGUAGGCCUUCGCUAUAUUAAAGGAAACAUUGGUGAAAGAGCCGGUCUUGAAACUUUAUCGCAGGAAUGCAAAAACCGAGGUACACACUGAUGCGUCAAAGGACGGGUUUGCCGCGGCGUUGUUACAAUGGCACGAAGGACAAUUGCAUCCGAUCUUAUUCUGGAGUAAGAAAACUUCGGUUCAGACUCCGAGGUCUAGGUCGAGGUCUAGGUCUCCGAACACGACAGCAUAGCUAUAUACAGGAAGCCAAAGCAAUUUUCCUAGCGUGCAAAAAAAUUUCGUCAGUACAUACUCGUCAACCAACUUUAAGCUCGUAACGGAUUGCGCUGCUUUCAAGCAAACGUUAAGCAAGAAGGACGUUCCGCGGGAGGACCAAUGGGUCCUGUACUUGCAGGACUACGACUUUGAAGUGAACGGCUGAAGCAUGUGGAUUGCCUGAGUAGGUACCCAAUUGAUGUCAUGAUGGUAUCUUCGGAAGUCACAGCAAGAAUUAAGAAAGCCCAGCAGGAGGAUACGAUGAUCAAAGCAGUUUCCGAAAUUUUGAAAAGUAAACCAUAUGACAACUUUAAGUUGAAAGCUGGUCUCGUAUACAAAGGGGUGCAAGGCACGGACUUGCUGGCAAUACCGAAGUCAUUAGAAAAAGAAAUAAUAACCGACGCUCACAACGCAGGACACUUUGCCGCUCAAAAAACAAUGCAUACCGUACAGCAGAGUUAUUGGAUUCCAUAUCUGGAAGGAAAAGUAAUGCAGAUCAUAGGAAACUGUAUAAAAUGUAUAAUCUACUACAAAAAGAUUGGCAAAAAAGAGGGAUUUCUGCAUCAAUUCGACAAAGGAUCACAGCCGCUGUAUACUAUACACGUGGAUCACCUUGGGCCUAUGGAUGCUACUUCAAAGCAGUACAAGUACAUCUUCGCAAUGGUUGAUAGCUUCAGUAAGAUCAUAUGGAUGUAUCCCACAAAAACAACAGGAGCAGACGAAGUUUUCAAGAAGUUAAGGGAGUGGUCUGAUGUAUUUGGUAAUCCGGCACACAUAGUAAGCGAUCGUGGAGCAGCAUUUACAUCUUCAAGCUUUGAGGAGUUUGUCAAGGAAAAGAACAUCGAACACAUAUGGAGCACCACAGGGGUACCAAGAGGAAACGGACAAA